CUGAGAAAGAAGUGGAUUAGAGGAAAUUUCAUAUCCAGACCUCUGCCACACAUCCACUGCCACGUGGCGUCAGUACAAUCACUAAACUUGACUGGAAAUUUUUCCAUCUUCUUCUGGUGUGUGGAAAUAAUUAAGGAGCAGACGGAAGUGAGAGAACAGAUUGUUCAUUGUUCUGUGUUUGUGUGAGAGAAAGAGAGACAAAAGAAGAAAUGGCAGCCUCAGCUUCAAUGGUGGCUUCAUCAUUGACCUUGAAACCCACUUCCCCUUUCAUUGAGAAGGCAUCAGCUUCAGUGACUGGCCUUCCAAGCCUCACCAGAAAGACCUUCAAGAUCGUGGCCAGCGGUAUCAAGAAGAUCAAGACUGACACUCCCUAUGGUGGUAGGAACCGGUGGUGGCAUGGACCUGAGGGGAGGAGUUGAUGCCUCUGGCAGGAAGCCCACGGGAAAGGGAGUGUACCAAUUCGUCGACAAGUAUGGUGCCAACGUCGAUGGCUACAGCCCCAUCUACAACAAAGAUGAGUGGGCACCCACCGGCGAUGUCUAUGCCGGAGGAUUGACUGGAUUGGCGAUCUGGGCAGUGACAUUGUUGGGGAUUCUAGCAGGAGGGGCACUCCUUGUCUACAACACCAGUGCUUUGUCUCAGUAAUUAAACGGUUCUGUUAAGAGGGAUCGGAAAAGGGAAGAGACAACUGUGUAAUGGUUAUCAUCGAUCUUUCUAGUCGUAUACAUUAGCUUGUGUCGCCCCUGUUUCCCCCAAAGCAGAAACUACGUAGAUGCAUGUGAACAAAAGACCACUACUAUGUUUGUGUAUUUAAUGUGGCUGCUGUCUUCUCAUGAAAAUCUAUGGAUACUACUUUGUGUUGUAUAAUUUUGUGCUUCUUGGCUGUUGUGACAGUAAACUUGUUUUUGAAGCAACUCAAAGCUACUCACUGAAAUGGAUAGACGCCACUAGCUUACCGGUGCAAAUAUGUUACCAGGGAAAUACCUGGAAAUGAUGAAGAGCAGCAAGAGCU